UUCAAACACUUCCUCUUUUUCAUCAUAGUUAGGAUGGUAGAGAUGCCUAUCUGGAGAUUUAUAGCUGCUCUCGGUGGAGACUGAUUCAGUGUGUGGGUUUGGCAAACUUCAACAAAGGUCGACUGGGCAGGUUUCACUCAAGAUGGAUGUCAAGAAAAAGAACUUUUUGGAGAACCUGCGUCUGAAAACUAAGUUGGUCAACCUGAAGAAGCCACGUAAGAAGGCGCUUGACAAGCAGGGGAGGAAGCUGGCCCAUCGGCGCAGUAUUUCUGUACCAGAUCUCAGGUUGGUGCAAGGUGAACCUUUUUCUACGGAGAGCGCUUUGGUAUCCACUGCCUCUGAGGCCGUCUUCUUUGGCAUCUCCCCUGGCGAGAGUGAUACUGAUUCUAUUGCAAGCAGCUCCAUCACUGAUGGACCACUUUUCACAGACAAACUGAGCGAUUCCGUCCCUGAAACUAGACUCAAAGUUCUCACAGAUCACACAGCUGCUGCUUCGAAUAGAAUGAGUGCACCAGUGGAGACACUGAUGUUUUAUGUGGAUAGUGAAGACACGACAUAUCCAGCUUCUGAGAACAAGGUGAACUUGACUGAAGAAGGCUUGUAUGCACAAGUGGAUAAAAAAGCCCAGCGCAAUGUACCUAAGUUUACUUUUGACCCUAUUCCUGCACCAAGAUCUGUUUUUACCAAUGUUCUUUCACCAAGGCCAGACCUUGUAGAGAGAGAGAGUCUGAAUGGUGAAGACCCCCCAGCAGUGCUUUCAGGUGCUCUUUCUUCAGCACUGGCCAGAGCAAGCUCACUUGGAGACCAAGUGAACCUUUACACAGAAAAGAGGACCACAUCAUAUGAGCAGAGAAAGCCAUCGUCUGAAAAAGGGACUCCACCAGCAAUCAAAAAAGGUCCUGCAGAUAGAAUGGCUCUGAUAGUGGAUACUGCAGGUACUCCUGUGGAGAGUGCAGAUGGUACCUCUCUGGACUCUGCCUGUGGCACUCCGAAUGAGGAGCGGAUCAACAUGUCCUGGGUGACAGACUCAGAGGAACUGGACCGAGAACCCUGCUCUCAACUUUUGAUGAGAGACUUCUCCUUGGAAGAGGGUCUGCUAGAAGAAGUCCAGUCUGUGGAGGCCCUGGAAGACAUAGCAGAGAUGUCCAGUGAACCGUGUGAAUUCUUUGAAGAAAAUAUGAUAGGUCCUUUGGAAAACUCUCAGGUUAUUACAGCAGGGCCUGAUGUCCAAAUACCUGCAGUGGUCCAGAGGUACCUCCUGAACAUCAACCUGAAGCAGGGAAAGAACCUGGUCAUCAGAGACAAGCGCUCAGGUACCAGUGAUCCUUAUGUGAAGUUCAAACUUGAAGGAAAACAGCUCUAUAAAAGCAAAGUGGUAUAUAAAAGCCUGAAUCCACGUUGGAAUGAAUCCUUCUCCUAUCCUCUUCGAGACAGAGAGCAUAUCGUGGAAGUUCGGGUUUAUGAUAAAAACCGUACCGCUGAUGAGUUCAUGGGUUCUGGCACCAUUUCCCUGAAAAAUCUGGAAUUGUACAAAACCUAUGAAUUAGAGUUGCGUCUUGAUGAUCCAAAAAGUAAAGAAGAUGACAUGGGAGUUGUAAUGGUUGACGUCUGCUUAAUGUUUAGAGAUGCCACCAUCAAAAGAAGCCCUAGAUGGCCACAGAGGAAGAACAAGCAGAACCAGGCCGCACCAUCCCAGCGGCCUCCUGAAAUGUCGAAGAAUCAGCUGAAGAACCGGAAGUGGACUGGGGUGCUUGGUAUCACCUUGGUGGAGGGACAGGACCUGCCGCAGUAUGGCCUUGGAGACAUCUAUGUCCGCUUUCGCCUCUGUGAUCAGAAGUACAAGAGCAAGAACCUUUGCAUUCAGGCCAAUCCCCAGUGGAGAGAGCAGUUUGACUUCAAUCAGUUUGAAGAUAACCAGGAACCUCUGCAGGUGGAGGUGUGCUCAAAGAGAGGGAGGAAGGGUGAGGAAUCAUGGGGGAUGUUUGAGAUUGACCUAUUGAGACUUCCACUUAAUGAGAGGCAGCUCUACAAUCAUGUGUUGGACCCAGGAAAGGGCAGGCUGGUGUUUCUGGUCACCCUGAGACCCUGCUGGGGAGUCUCCAUCUCUGACAUUGAAACAGCUACCUUGGAGAAGCCUGAUGAGAGAGACACAGUAGUGGAGAAAUUUAGCUUAAAGAACUCACACAAGUGUAUGGGGGAGGUUGGCUUCCUUCAGGUCAAGGUUAUAAAGGCAAACGAUCUUCCAGCAACAGACCUCAAUGGAAAAAGCAACCCCUUCUGUGUUGUUGAGCUCGGUAACAGCAAACUUCAAAGUCACACCGUCUACAAGACCAUCAAUCCGGAGUGGGGCAAAGCCUUUACACUCCCGAUUAAGGACAUUCAUGAUGUGAUAGAGUUAACUGUCCUGGAUGAAAAUGGAGACAAAGCCCCAAACUUUUUGGGGAAAGUGGCCAUUCCAUUACUGACUGUUCAGAAUGGGCAGCAGAUAUGUCUGUUCUUGAAGAAAGAAGACUUGGGAAGUGUAUCAAAAGGAACCAUCACACUGGUGCCGGAGGUUAUCUAUAACAAAGUCAGAGCUGGUGUCAAAACCUUUAAACCAAAGGAGACGAAAUUAACGGAGGAAAACGUGAAGUUCUCCAAAAAGAUUCUUGCCCGGAAUAUAUAUCGAGUUCGAAAAAUCAGCACAGCAGUUCUGUACACGUUACAGUACAUUAAAAGCUGUUUUCAAUGGGAGAGCACGCAACGGAGUCUAAUAGCCUUUCUGAUUUUCCUUGUGACGGUGUGGCACUGGGAGCUCUUCAUGCUGCCCCUCUUCUUGCUUCUGCUCAUCGGAUGGCACUACUUCCAGCUCACUGCAGAGAAGGCCAGUUCCAACCAGGACCUGGUGAACAUGAGCAUGGGUGACGACGAAGAGGAAGACGAGAAGGAAUCCGGAAAAAAAGGUUUGAUGGACAAGAUACAUAUGGUGCAGGAAGUAGUACUGGCUGUCCAGAAUGUAUUGGAGGAAAUCGCAAACAUCGGAGAGCGAAUCAAGAACAUCUUCAACUGGUCUGUCCCGUUCUUGUCGUGCCUGGCCUGUUUGGUGCUGUUUGUGGCAACAGCGCUACUAUAUUUGAUCCCACUUCGAUACAUUGUGCUGAUAUGGGGCGUUAACAAAUUUACCAAGAAGCUGCGCAACCCAUAUACUAUUGACAAUAAUGAAAUACUGGAUUUCCUCAAGAGGGUGCCUUCUGAUGUUCAAAAGGUGCAGUACAGCACUCUGAGAGCGCCCACCAGCCAGAGCCAGCCGCGGAGGAAAAGGUAAGCUCCGCGGACACGGCGGAUGAAAGGCUGGUCUCCUUAUGAAUACGGCCCAACGCAGUCCACCUGACAACAAUGCUCCCGUGCCAGCAGAGCCCAUGACCCCGUGCACCCCACCGCACCACCCUAACUCUGCCCCCUGCUGCUGAGGGGCAGCCAGCCGCUCUCUGGCUUGUGUGUUUGCCACCCCCCUGACAGAGGCUGUGAACUGCAGCAGCUAGGAGGGCAGCACAUGGCGCUGUCAAUCACAAGCCUGGAGGUAAAGAAAAGAGAGCGCUGCAAGGCUCAGCCUUCAUCUUUGGAUGUAAUUUAAAAAAGGAAUGAAAGCGUCAGGUUUUGCUUACCUUAGACCUCCACUGUUGCUUUGUUUUUGACUUUGGUGAAACUGAGAAAUUUGCCUUAAGGUAAAGUUAAUACAAGCUUAAGUUUAUGGAAACCAAACCAUGGCAUUUUUUUUAUUUUUCCAUGUGUUAAUAUAAUUAAAGGUCAAAAAAGGUCAUAUAUAUUGCAAUCAAUUUUGAAAUAAUAAUCAAAAUAGUGUGUUUUGUCAUGUAUUUGAAAUAUUAGGACAGAGUUCUGAAUGUUGCUAUUCUUUCUGUGGUAAGGAUUUACUGUACAUAUAUACUGCUGUCAGUUGUCUUAGUUUCAUCUCAGCAACAAAUAUAUAUUUAUAUGAAUGUGUAUAAUUUCCAGCUGACUUUAUUUUUUUAAGUUAAGUUUUAUGUUACUGUAUGUCAGACUGAUUAAUUUGAGAGUUUUAUUUUUACUCAGUAUCGUGUGUGCAUCAUCAAAUGGAGACUUUGCAAGAAUCCUGAAUAAAGAAUCUUGAUCAGUUUGA